AUGGUGAUGGAAAUGAAGCUCUCGGAUGGCAGAGUGCUUACCUCGCCUAAAGAUAUCCAUGAGGCUGCGUGUGUUUAUUUUGAGGAUUUCCUCAAAGCUAAGUCAACAAGUUCAGUGCCAGAUUUGGUUGGGUUAAUUUUAGAGGAAGUUUCGGAGGAGGAAAAUCAAUUUUUUGGUAGUAAUCCAUCGGUUAGGGAAGUAAAAGAUGCACUUUUUUCUAUUCAUGAGGAUAGUAGUCCGGGGCCGGAUGGAUUUGGCUCAGGUUUUUUUCAGCAUUGUUGGUCCUUGGUGUAUCAACAUUUAUUGGAAGCUGUUAGUGAUUUUUUUGGCGGGGCUGCUUUACCAAGGUAUUAUGUGGUAAUGAAUGGCACUGCAAAAGGAUUUUUCAAGGGUGGACGUGGUCUCCGUCAAGGGGAUCCUCUAUCUCCUUAUUUGUUCAUUUUGGUAGAAGAAGUUCUCUCUCGGCUGUUAAAAAAGAAAUUUGAGUUGGGUAGAAUUAAAAGUUUCUCCCAUCCUAGACAUGGUCCUGUUAUUUCUCAUCUUUUAUAUGCCGAUGACAUGGUGAUUUUCGCAAAUGGAGGGAGGUCUUCAGUUUCAGAGAUUGUUGACGUUCUUCACAUUUAUGCUAAGUGGUCAGGUCAACAGUUUUCAGAAGGGGUGUUUCGGGUCAGGUAUUUAGGGGUGCCAGUUGUUUCUGGCAGAUUGAAGUUAAUUCAUUUUCAGGAUGUUAUUCAAAAAAUUCAGAAGAAGAUUGAAGAUUCUUUAUGGAAGAGAUUUUUUUGUGCUAAAUACAUGCAUGGAAAGCAUCCGCUGGAGCUUAGUCCAUCCGGAGGCACCAGGUUUUGGAAAGCAAUUGUAAAAGAGAUUCCUGUUGUACUUUCACGUUCCAAGUGGAAGAUUAGGGAGGGGAACGUGUCGUUUUGGAGAGACAGUUGGCUUAAUUCUGGACCUCUAAUGGAGCAGUAUCAGAUGGUGGGAGAUCCAGAAUUGAAAGUGAAGAAUUGUAUGAUUACUAAUAAUUGGGAUAUGGAGAAACUUGAGCAGCUAGUAGGAUCUGAGAAAAUGGAGGAAAUAGUCAAUGAAAUUAGUAGUAGGAGGACUGCUUUACCAAAGAAAUUUUCUAUGGUUAUGUGGAAGGCCUUAAACUCAUGCCUUCCUAUGGAUGAUCGUAUAAGGAGACCUGGUGUGUAUUUAGUCUCGAAAUGUGAAUGUUGUCGAGAAUGUGCCAUUGAGGAUAUUAAUCAUGUGUUAUAUAGUGGAAAUAUUGCUAAGGCUAUAUGGAAGUUAAGUUCAAAUACUUUGGGUAUCCCGUUUGUCCCGUUCUGGUGUUGGAGGGCAACUGUUGAGGCUUGGUUUCAAAGAGCAUCGAAGUCGUCUCAGUUAGGUAUUAAGAUUCAUAAGGAUUCCCGACUAGGGGAAAAGGAUGUACAGAUCCUGAAGUCUUUGAAUCUUUCAAUUAAUUCAAAAAAAGAUGAGGUUUUAAUGGCAGUAAGAUGGGAGAGGCCGAAGGAAGAUUGGUUUAAACUGAAUGUGGACGGAAGUAGUAUUAAUAAUCCUGGAAUUUUGGGUGCUGGAGUAGUAAGAAAUGAGUUUGGGAAGAUGGUUUUUAUGUUUGCUGAAUCCAUUGGAAGUGGUAGCAAUAAUCUUGCGGAAGUUAUAGCCUUGCGAAGAGGGCUUGAGCAUUGUAAAAGAUUGGGGCUUAAUAAUAUAAUUAUUGAAAUGGACUCGCUUUUGGUUGUUAAUUGGGUUCAGGACGGAAGAUGUAGUCUCUGGUACUUAGAGGAUUUUUGGGACGAUACUAUGAAUAUGUUGGCAGAGAUGAAUUUUUCUAUUAAGCAUAUUUAUCGGGAAGGGAAUAAGGCUGCAGAUUUUUUGGCUCAGUUGGGAAGUAAUGGGGUCUCCUAUGAGUGGUUAGGGCAGACGGAAGUUCCUCUUCUAUUAAGAGGUAUACAUAGAACAGAUUCAUGUGGAUUGGCAUAUCGCAGGAAGUGUGGAUGUCUUUAG